UAAACACAGGUUUAGGAGAUUUUAUACGCUUUGUUCUAUGAGAUUAUCUAAGAGGGGUAUGCACGUCCCAAGGAUUCCGGAUAGCACGGACCCUUACCGAAAGGCCAUCAUUGCUAUAUGUUUUUGUUCCGACAAGUUGUUUACCUGGGGAAUACUAUUUACGCGUACAGGAAGAGAUGUCAUACAGUUGUCAGCUGACCAGUCGAAGGAAAUGUUUGAUGCUAGCAGAAGAAUUGUCAGUUAAAAAAAACGUGUAUCUGAUUUCAGUAUAUCGUUUCUCCAGUUUCUUAGUAGCUUGUAUUCUGGUACUUCAACAUAGAAAAAUAAUGUCGAGCGUUGCCUUCAAGCUGCUCUUUCUUGUUGGUUUGUUAUUGAUGUCAACACAGACGACGGAUGCGAAGAAUUCAGAGGAUAUCCGGUGUAAAUGUACCUGCCCACCGUACAGAGACAUCGAUGGACAGAUCUACAAACAAAAUGUAUCUCUAAAGGAUUGUAACUGCCUUCAUGUUGUGGAGCCAAUGCCAGUUGAUGGAAAGGAUGUGGAGGCGUACUGUCUGCGUUGUGAAUGCAAAUAUGAGGAGAGGAGUUCUGGAACUAUCAAGGUGACUAUCAUAAUCUACCUUUCCAUCCUGGGCCUGCUGUUCCUCUAUAUGGUGUACCUGACCCUGCUGGAGCCCAUGCUGAAGAGGAGGCUCUUUGGACACUCACAGCUUCAGAAUGAUGAUGAUGUCGGGGACCAGCAGCCUUUUGCCAACGCCCACAACGUAUUGUCUCGUUCGGCCUCUCGCCCCAACAUGCUGAACAAAGUGGAGCACGCUCAGCAGCGCUGGCGGAGGCAGGUCCAGGAACAGAGGAAGUCUGUGUUUGACCGCCACGUGGUGCUCAGCUAAACCCAUCCCCAGGAAACAAAAACCCGGGGUGAAGCAAAAAAUGUUACUGUGACUGGGUGUUCCCUCUUUUUUUUCUUUUUUCUAUUUUGUCUGAUUCUGUCCCCAACUUCCAAGCUUCAUCCUUAUUGGUGUUUUGUUCCUCAACUGGACCUGUAUUUCAUGAAAGGUGAUCAUAUAGCUCUAUGUAUUCAGGAGGUGAUCAUAAAGGGUCUCUACAUCAGUAGGUUGAAGUGGGGUGUUGCAUUUGAGACCUUUGGCUUAAGAUAAUGCUAGUGUCUGUAUGACUUUGUAUACUUUCUGAUUUAAUAAUACUAAUAGAAAGUUAGAUGUUAGUUUGUUGCCCCCCCCCCCCCCCCCACACAAAAAAAAAUGGAUGAUGUGUGCCAUUUUGCACAAGCUGAUGAUAAUCUUUGGCUUCUGAUAAAGUAGAAACAAUGGGUGACACUAUGCACUCUUUCACAGUAAUAUUGGUAGCUUCUGAUAACAGUAAUGUUGGCCAAGUCACCAAUGAAAUUAGGUGAGACAUUUGAGGGUAGAGUAAAAAACAAACAAAAAAAAUAUACCAAAAUUAAUCACUCAAACUAAUGAAAACGUUUACAAUAAAUGUAACAUCUGCUACCUAAACUACAGAAGAUGGGAAUGAGUUGGAAACAGUAAAAAUGUGUAGCAUCAGUCUCUUGUCAAAAAGCAUGUUUUUUAAGAAGUGAUGUAUAAACCUAUUUACAACCUUUUACCCU